GCAGCUUUGGUUUUGCUGCCUUUGCUUCGAUUAAACGCUGGCUGCAGCGCACGCACGCACGUGUUUUCAACAGUAUAUUCAUCGAUUUACGUAAAAUGCCAUUGCUUGCAGCGGCGAGCGUCGCGUCCCACCCAUCAAAAUUCAAAGCUGGUAAAGCACCUUAGACUGCUGCAUCGGCUCGACAGCGUCGAAUUCGACGAUGCGCCGGCGAUUCGCGCACGCAUGGCUCAUCGCGUGCGCCAGCGCGGCGAAGCCAACAACCCUACAAAUCGCCACCUAUAACGUGUUAAACCCGGUCCACAAGAGCGUCGGCAACAACCGAGAAGCAGACGACGACGCGCUGUGGCUCGCGCGCGGCCGACGCCAGGCGAGCUUCGUCGCCGAGGCGUUGGGCGCCGCCGACGUAAUAUGUUUUCAGGAAUGGUUCUUCGAGCCGCGCUGGCAGAAACUCUUCGAGGAGGCGCUUCCGGCCCAUCGUCUCUGCACCGCGCGGCGUCGAGGCAUCCACCCGCACGACGGAUCCGAACGCCGCGACGGCCUCGCGAUCUUCUCGCGUCUCCCAUUAGUUGCGUCGGAAGCCGUGGCGGCGCCUGUAUUCGACGAUGGGAGGUCAGGCCUCGUCGCGACGCUGCAACGACGCGGUGAUCGGCCGGUCGUCGUCGCGACGUGCCACCUGCCCUUUGCCGAUGCCGCCGCCCGCCAGGCGCAGGCGUCGGCCUGUGCCGCGGCUGCUGAGCGACAAGCUCGCCGCGACGACGCGUCGUUGACCGUGCUGUGCGGGGAUUUCAACGAGAACGCGGCGGCGCCCGCGUGCCGGGGCCUCGAGGCCCGCGGCUGGACGAAUUGCGCGGCCGCGGCGGCGACGCAAGCUUUAGAUAGUGGAACGGGCGGCACGACGUUCCUCGGGACGACGCACCGGGCGCACACGGGCGACGCGCUGUCGUGCGAUCAUAUAUUUGCGACGGAUCGUACUGAAGGCGGCCAGAGGUCCUCGGGCUGCUUCGACGCGGCGGGCGCGCGCCUCGUCGCGGCGCGCCGCGUCGCCGACGCGUGGGACCCGGACUUCGUCGAUUCGGACCACACGCCGGUCGUCGCGGAGUUUUCGUUCCGCGAGACGAAGGCCGCGCCCGCGGACGCGACGGCGGACCCGUUCCUGCCGCCGUGGCCGGACUGUAUCGCGUGAGAUGUUGUUCAUUUAACAGUAUAUGUUUACA